AUGGGUGUUGGCCGGAGGAGGCUGGCCCCGCUCUGGGCCCUGGCCCUCACUCUGGCCUGUGCCCAGCACACAGGCCUGGCCCAGAGCAGCACUGCAGAGCUCAGCUUCAAGCACCCAGACCUCCCUCCCGUCCCUCAGGGACCUGGUGGCACCGCCCUCCGUGGAGUGACCAUCCACCCGCCUCUGAGGACCACCCCCGUGGUGCGAGCCCUGAACGCGGCCCACGGCGGGCGGGUGUGCAGCACGUGGGGCGACUUCCACUACAAGACCUUCGACGGCGACGUCUUCCGCUUCCCCGGGCUGUGCAACUACGUCUUCUCCGCGCACUGCGGCUCCGCCUACGAGGACUUCAACCUGCAGCUCCGCCGCAGCCCCGGGCCCAACAGCACCGCGCCCAGCAUGGUCACCAUGAAGCUGGACGGACUGGUCGUCAGGCUGGCCAAGGGCUCCGUCCUGGUCAACGGCCACCCAAUUCAGCUGCCCUUCAGCCAGUCCGGGGUCCUCAUUGACCAGAGCAAUGGCAACCUGAGGGUGGUGGCCAAGCUGGGCCUGGUCUUCAUGUGGAACCAGGACGACAGCCUCCUGCUCGAACUGGACGCCAAGUACACCAACCAGACGUGCGGGCUGUGCGGAGACUUCAAUGGUGUCCCCGUCUACAAUGAGUUCUUCUCCCACAAUGUCAAGCUGACCCCCACCGAGUUUGGGAACCUGCAGAAGAUGGACGGCCCCACGGAGCAGUGUCAGGACCCUGUCCCCGAGGAUGCUGGGACCUGCUCGAACAACUCUGGCAUCUGUGAGGAGAUGUUGAGCAGCGAGCCGUUCUUGGGCUGUGCCCUCCUGGUGAAUGCCAGCAGCUACCUGGAGGCCUGCCGGCACGACCUCUGCCACUGCAGCCAGGCCAGCCUCACCAGCUGCCUCUGCCACACCCUUGCCGAGUACUCCCGCCAGUGUGCCCACGCCGGGGGGCUGCCCCUGGACUGGCGGGGCCCCCAGCUCUGCCCCCAGACGUGCCCCCUGAACAUGCGGUACCACGAGUGCGGCUCACCCUGCGUGGACACCUGCUCCAACCCUGAGCACUCCCAGCUGUGCGAGGACCACUGCAUGGCCGGCUGCUUCUGCCCCGAGGGGAUGGUUCUGGACGACAUCGGCCACACGGGCUGCAUUCCCGUGUCUGGGUGCUCCUGCAUGUACAAUGGGGCCACCUACGCUCCAGGGACUGGCUACUCCACAGACUGCACCAACUGCACCUGCUCCGGAGGCCAGUGGACCUGCCGGGAGGCGCCGUGUCCGGGGACCUGCUCGGUGCUGGGCGGCGCCCACAUCUCCACGUUUGACGAAAAGCAGUACACGGUGCACGGGGACUGCAGCUACGUGCUGGCCAAGCCUUGUGACAGUGGCGCCUUCACCGUGCUGGCCGAGCUGCGCAGGUGCGGGCUGACCGACAGCGAGAGCUGCCUGAAGAGCCUGACGCUGAGCCUGGGCGGGGGGCACACGGUCUUCAUGAUCAAGGCUAGCGGGGAGGUGUUUAUGAACCAGGUCUACAUCCAGCUGCCCGUCUCAGCAGCCAACGUCACGCUCUUCAGACCUUCCACCUUCUUCAUCAUUGCUCAGACCCAGCUGGGCCUGCAGCUGGACAUCCAGCUGGUGCCCAUCAUGCAGGUGUUCGUGCGGCUGGAGCCACAGAUCCGAGGGCAGACCUGCGGCCUGUGUGGGAACUUCAACCAGAACCAGGCCGACGACUUCCGGACCAUCAGCGGCGUGGUGGAGGGCUCAGCCGCUGCUUUCGCCAACACCUGGAAGACCCAGGCCGCCUGCCCCAACAUCAAGAACAGCUUUGAGGACCCCUGCUCCCUCAGCGUGGAGAAUGAGAAAUUCGCUCAGCACUGGUGCUCCCGGCUCACAGACCCCCAGGGCUCAUUCGCCCAGUGCCACUCCGCCGUGGACCCCAGCGCCUACUACUCGAACUGCAUGUUCGACACCUGUAACUGUGAGAAGAGUGAGGACUGCCUGUGUGCGGCCCUGUCCUCCUACGUCCGGGCCUGUGCCGCCCGGGGCGUGCUGCUCGGCGGCUGGCGGGACGGCGUGUGCACAAAGGCCAUGGCGACCUGCCCCAAGUCGCUCACCUACCGCUACAACAUCAGCACGUGCCCGCCCACCUGCCAGGCCCGGAGUGACGAGGACGUAACCUGCGGUGGCGGCUUCGUCCCCGUGGACGGCUGCACCUGCCCCGACGGCACCUUCCUGGACAACAUGGGCGCGUGCGUGCCGGCCGCUAGCUGCCCCUGCUACUUCCAGGGCUCCGUGGUCCCCAAUGGGGAGUCACGGCAUGAGCAGGGCACUGUCUGCUCCUGCACCCAGGGUGCACUCACCUGCAUCGGAGGCCACACCCCAGAUCAAGUCUGCGUCCCGCCCAUGGUCUACUUCGACUGUCGCAACGCCACGCCUGGGGCCAGCGGGGCCGGCUGUCAGAAGAGCUGCCAGACCCUGGACAUGGACUGUUACAGCCCCAAGUGUGAGCCCGGCUGUGUGUGUCCUGACGGGCUGGUGGCCAGCGGCGACGGCGGCUGCGUCCCCGUGUCCGACUGCCCCUGCGUGCACAACGAGGCCAGCUACCAGCCAGGCCAGACCAUCCGCAUCGGCUGCAACACCUGCACCUGUCGCAGCCGGACGUGGCAGUGCACCGACCAGCCCUGCCUGGCCACCUGUGCGGUGUACGGGGAUGGCCACUACCUCACCUUCGACGGGCGGGACUACAGCUUCAGCGGGGACUGCGAGUACACGCUGCUCCAGGACCACUGCGGCGGGAACAGCAGCGCCCAGGACAGCUUCCGCGUCAUCACCGAGAACGUGCCCUGCGGCACCACAGGGACCACCUGCUCCAAGGCCAUCAAGAUCUUCCUGGGGAGCUACGAGCUGAAGCUGAGCGACAGGAAACUAGAGGUGAUCGAGACGGGCCCGCGGCCGCCCUACUCCAUCCGCCAGAUGGGCAUCUACCUGGUGGUAGACACGGAAGUUGGCCUUGUGCUGCUGUGGGACAAGGGUACCAGCAUCUUCCUCAGACUCAGCCCCGAGUUCAAGGGGAGGGUCUGCGGGCUGUGCGGGAACUUUGACGACAACGCCCUCAACGACUUCACCACGCGGAGCCAGUCCGUGGUGGGCGACGUGCUGGAGUUUGGCAACAGCUGGAAAUUCUCCCCAUCGUGUCCGGACGCUCUGGCCCCCGGGGACCCCUGCACCGCCAACCCGUACCGCAAGUCCUGGGCCCAGAAACAGUGCAGCAUCAUCAAUAGCGCCACCUUCAGCGCCUGCCAUGCCCACGUGGAGCCGUCCAAGUACUACAAGGCCUGCGUGAGCGACGCCUGUGCCUGCAACUCAGGGGGCGACUGUGAGUGCUUCUGCACGGCCGUGGCCGCCUACGCCCAGGCCUGCCACGAUGCGGGCGUGUGCGUGUCCUGGCGGACCCCGGACAUCUGCCCCCUGUUCUGCGACUACUACAACCCCCAGGGCCAGUGCGAAUGGCACUACCUCUCCUGUGGGGCGCCCUGUCUGAAGACCUGCCGGAACCCCAGUGGCCAGUGCUGGCACGACACCCGCGGCUUGGAAGGCUGCUACCCCAAGUGCCCACCAGAGGCCCCCAUCUUCGACGAGGACCAGAUGCAAUGUGUGGCUUCAUGCCCGACCCCAUCCCCACCACCAACCUGCCAUGCCGGAGGCCAGUCCUUCUGGCCAGGCUCCAAGGUGCCCUCGGACAGGAACUGCUACUCCUGCAUCUGCACUGAGGACGGCGUGCAGUGUGUCUAUGCCGCGAACGCUUGCGUCUGCACCUAUGGCGGGAAGCAGUUCCAUCCCGGGGACGAAAUCUACCGAACGACGGACGGCUUGGGGAGCUGCAUCUUGGCCCGCUGUGGGGCCAACGGCACCAUCGAGAGACUGGUCUACCCCUGCAGCCCCACCACGCCCACCCCCCAGACCAUCUUCUCCUUCUCGACAUCCCUGCCGGAGCGUCCCUCAACUGAGCCCACCACGGUCACCACGGUCACUUGUUUACAAGUUUUAUGCAACUGGACUGAGUGGAUGGACGGCAGCUACCCUGGCCCAGGGAGAAACAGUGGAGAUUUUGACACUAUCCCGAAUCUCAGAGCCGAAGGUUAUAAAUUCUGUGCAGAGCCCAAGAAUGUGCAGUGCCGGGCAGAGCGCUUCCCUGACACCCCACUGCAGGAGCUGGGCCAGGACGUGAUCUGUAACAAAUCUGUGGGCCUGAUUUGCCGGAACGAGGACCAGCUGCCCCCCAUCUGCUACAACUACAACGUCCGCUUCCUGUGCUGUGAGCUGGUGGACACUUGCAGGACACACACCAUUUCACCUGCUACACCUGCCACCAUACAGACAGCCCCAACUGAAGCCAGCACUACCUGGACCACGGGAACCCUCUCCACUUCCAACAAACUCAGCACUGCUAGCUCACCUCACGUGACCACAGCAAGACCGGUCACAACCAGCACACAUGAGCAAUCCUCUCCAGGGACCACCCCCUGCAAGCCAAAAUGCAGGUGGACCAAGUGGUUCGAUGUGGACUUCCCCAUGCCCGGGCCCCACGGGGGAGACAAUGAAACCUUCGGCAACAUCCUGAGGAAUGGAGACCUCAUCUGCCACCGACCCGAAUCCAUCAGCAAAGUGGAGUGCCGAGCCGAGAGCCACCACGGGGUCAGCAUCCACGAGCUGGGCCAGGUGGUGCAGUGCCGCCAGGACAUGGGCCUGCUGUGUCGGAACCAGGACCAGAAGGGUGAGACCAGGACGUGCCUCAACUACGAGAUCAGAGUGCUCUGCUGCGAGCCCCAGGAACACUGCCCUCCACCCACUGUCACAGGAGCCAGCACGACCAGAGUGAGUGUCAGUACAAGCACCACAACCUCGGCUCCUACAACCAGUGCAACCUCUGUGCAGCCAAAGAGCACAACCUCGGCUCCUACAACCAGUGAAACCUCUGUGCAGACAAGCACCACAUCCUCGGCUCCUACAACCAGUGCAACCUCUGUGCAGACAAGCACCACAUCCUCGGCUCCUACAACCAGUGCAACCUCUGUGCACACAAGCACCACAACCUCGGCUCCUACAACCAGUGAAACCUCUGUGCAGAGAAGCAGCACAACCUUGGCUCCUACAACCAGUGCAACCUCUGUGCAGACAAACAAGUACCACAACCUCAGCUCCUACAAGUGCAACCUCUGUGCACACAAGCACCACAACCUCAGUUCCUACAACCAGUGCAACCUCUGUGCAGACAAGCACCACAACCUCGGCUCCUACAACCAGUACAAGCACCACAACCUCAGCUCCUACAAGGGCAACCUCUGCGCAGCCAAAGAGCACAACCUCGGCUCCUACAACCAGUGCAACCUCUGUGCACACAAGCACCACAACCUCGGCUCCUACAAGUGGAACCUCUGUGCAGCCAAAGAGCACAACCUUGGUUCCUACAACGAGCUCAACCUCUGUGCACACAAGCACCACAACCUUGGCUCCUACAACCAGUGGACCAAGUGGUUCGACGCGGACUUCCCCAUGCCCGGGCCCCACGGGGGAGACAAUGAAACCUUCGGCAACAUCCUGAGGAAUGGAGACGUCAUCUGCCACCGACCCGAAUCCAUCAGCAAAGUGGAGUGCCGAGCCGAGAGCCACCACGGGGUCAGCAUCCACGAGCUGGGCCAGGUGGUGCAGUGCCGCCAGGACAUGGGCCUGCUGUGUCGGAACCAGGACCAGAAGGGUGACACUAGGACGUGCCUCAACUACGAGAUCAGAGUGCUCUGUUGCGAGCCCCAGGAACACUGCCCUCCACCCACUGUCACAGGAGCCAGCACGACCAGAUGCAACCUCUGUGCAGACAAGUACCACUACCUCGGCUCCUACAACCAGUGCAACCUCUGUCCAGACAAGCGGCACAACCUCGGCUCCUACAACGAGCUCAACCUCUGUACUACCCCGUUCCCACCGGGGAUCACACCAUGCAAGCCAAAGUGCAGGUGGACCAAGUGGUUCGACACGGACUUCCCCAUGCCCGGGCCCCAUGGGGGAGACAAUGAAACCUUCGGCAACAUCCUGAGGAAUGGAGACGUCAUCUGCCACCGAUCCGAAUCCAUCAGCAAAGUGGAGUGCCGAGCCGAGAGCCACCAGGGGGUCAGCAUCCACGAGCUGGGCCAGGUGGUGCAGUGCCGCCAGGACAUGGGCCUGCUGUGUCGGAACCAGGACCAGAAGGGUGAGACCAGGAUGUGCCUCAACUACGAGAUCAGAGUGCUCUGCUGCGAGCCCCAGGAACACUGCCCUCCACCCACUGUCACAGGAACCAGCACAACCAGAGUGAGUGUCAGUGUGCACACAGGGACCACCUUCCACAAGGCCACAUCCAGUGCAACCUCUGUGCACACAAGCAGCACAUCCUCAGCUCCUACAACCAGUGCAACCUCUGUGCAGACAAGUACCACCUCAGCUCCUACAAGUGCAACCUCUGUGCACACAAGCACCACAACCUCAGCUCCUACAACCAGUGCAACCUCUGUGCAGACAAGCACCACAUCCUCGGCUCCUACAACCAGUGCCACCUCUGUUCAGACAAGCACCACAACCUCGGCUCCUACAACCAGUGCAACCUCUGUGCAGACAAGCACCACAACCUCGGCUCCUACAACCAGUGCAACCUCUGUGCAGACAAGUACCACAACCUCAGCUCCUACAAGUGCAACCUCUGUGCACACAAGCACCACAACCUCAGUUCCUACAACCAGUGCAACCUCUGUGCAGACAAGCACCACAACCUCGGCUCCUACAACCAGUGCAACCUCUGUGCAGCCAAAGAGCACAACCUCGGCUCCUACAACCAGUGCAACCUCUGUGCACACAAGCACCACAACCUCGGCUCCUACAACCAGUGCAACCUCUGUGCAGACAAGCACCACAACCUCAGCUCCUGCAAGGGCAACCUCUGCGCAGCCAAAGAGCACAACCUCGGCUCCUACAACCAGUGCAACCUCUGUGCACACAAGCACCACAACCUCGGCUCCUACAAGUGGAACCUCUGUGCAGCCAAAGAGCACAACCUUGGCUCCUACAACGAGCUCAACCUCUGUGCACACAAGCACCACAACCUUGGCUCCUACAACCAGUGGAACCUCUGCCACAUCCAGUGCAACCUCUGCGCACACAAGCAGCACAACCUCAGCUCCUACAACCAGUGCAACCUCUGUGCAGACAAGCACCACAACCUCGGCUCCUACAAGUGCAACCUCUGUGCACACAAGCACCACAACCUCGGCUCCUACAACCAGUGAAACCUCUGUGCACACAAGCACCACAACCUCGGCUCCUACAACCAGUGCAACCUCUGUGCAGACAAGUACCACUACCUCGGCUCCUACAACCAGUGCAACCUCUGUCCAGACAAGCGGCACAACCUCGGCUCCUACAACGAGCUCAACCUCUGUGCACAAAGGCAGCACAACUUCGGCUCCUACAACCAGUGGAACCUCUGUUCCUACAUCUGAGACUACCCCGUUCCCACCGGGGACCACACCAUGCAAGCCAAAGUGCAGGUGGACCAAGUGGUUCGACACGGACUUCCCCAUGCCCGGGCCCCAUGGGGGAGACAAUGAAACCUUCGGCAACAUCCUGAGGAAUGGAGACGUCAUCUGCCACCGAUCCGAAUCCAUCAGCAAAGUGGAGUGCCGAGCCGAGAGCCACCAGGGGGUCAGCAUCCACGAGCUGGGCCAGGUGGUGCAGUGCCGCCAGGACAUGGGCCUGCUGUGUCGGAACCAGGACCAGAAGGGUGAGACCAGGAUGUGCCUCAACUACGAGAUCAGAGUGCUCUGCUGCGAGCCCCAGGAACACUGCCCUCCACCCACUAGCACAACCUCGGCUCCUACAACCAGUGCAACCUCUGCACACACAAGGAGCACAACCUCAGCUCCUACAAGUGCAACCUCUGCGCAGCCAAAGAGCACAACCUCGGCUCCUACAACCAGUGCAACCUCUGUGCAGACAAGCACCACAACCUCGGCUCCUACAACCAGUGCAACCUCUGUGCACACAAGCACCACAACCUCGGCUCCUACAACCAGUGAAACCUCUGUGCAGACAAGCAGCACAUCCUCAGCUCCUACAACCAGUGCAACCUCUGUGCAGCCAAAGAGCACAACCUCGGCUCCUACAACCAGUUCAACCUCUGCGCGCACAAGGAGCACAACCUCAGCUCCUACAAGUGCAACCUCUGCGCAGCCAAAGAGCACAACCUCGGCUCCUACAACCAGUGCAACCUCUGCGCGCACAAGGAGCACAACCUCAACUCCUACAAGUAGCACAACCUCGGCUCCUACAACCAGUGCAACCUCUGUGCACACAAGCACCACAACCUCGGCUCCUACAACGAGCUCAACCUCUGUGCACACAAGCACCACAACCUCGGCUCCUACAACCAGUGGAACCUCUGUUCCUACAUCUGAGACUACCCCGUCCCCACCAGGGACCACACCAUGCAAGCCAAAGUGCAGGUGGACCAAGUGGUUCGACGCGGACUUCCCCAUGCCCGGGCCCCACGGGGGAGACAAUGAAACCUUCGGCAACAUCCUGAGGAAUGGAGACCUCAUCUGCCACCGACCCGAAUCCAUCAGCAAAGUGGAGUGCCGAGCCGAGAGCCACCACGGGGUCAGCAUCCACGAGCUGGGCCAGGUGGUGCAGUGCCGCCAGGACAUGGGCCUGCUGUGUCGGAACCAGGACCAGAAGGGUGAGACCAGGAUGUGCCUCAACUACGAGAUCAGAGUGCUCUGCUGCGAGCCCCAGGAACACUGCCCUCCACCCACUAUCACAGGAACCAGCACGACCAGAGUGAGUGUCAGGGUUAGCACAACCUCGGCUCCUACAACCAGUGGAACCUCUGUGCAGACAAGCACCACAACCUCGGCUCCUACAACCAGUGAAACAUCUGUGCACACAAGCACCACAACCUCGGCUCCUACAACCAGUGAAACCUCUGUGCAGACAAGCACCACAACCUCGGCUCCUACAACCAGUGAAACCUCUGUGCAGACAAGGAGCACAACCUCAGCUCCUACAACCAGUGCAACCUCUGUGCACACAAGCACCACAACCUCGGCUCCUACAACCAGUGCAACCUCUGUGCACACAAGCACCACAACCUCGGCUCCUACAACCAGUGCAACCUCUGUGCACACAAGCACCACAACCUCGGCUCCUACAACCAGUGCAACCUCUGUGCAGACAAGUACCACUACCUCGGCUCCUACAACCAGUGCAACCUCUGUCCAGACAAGCGGCACAACCUCGGCUCCUACAACGAGCUCAACCUCUGUGCACAAAGGCAGCACAACUUCGGCUCCUACAACCAGUGGAACCUCUGUUCCUACAUCUGAGACUACCCCGUUCCCACCGGGGACCACACCAUGCAAGCCAAAGUGCAGGUGGACCAAGUGGUUCGACGCGGACUUCCCCAUGCCCGGGCCCCACGGGGGAGACAAUGAAACCUUCGGCAACAUCCUGAGGAAUGGAGACGUCAUCUGCCACCGACCCGAAUCCAUCAGCAAAGUGGAGUGCCGAGCCGAGAGCCACCACGGGGUCAGCAUCCACGAGCUGGGCCAGGUGGUGCAGUGCCGCCAGGACAUGGGCCUGCUGUGUCGGAACCAGGACCAGAAGGGUGACACUAGGACGUGCCUCAACUACGAGAUCAGAGUGCUCUGUUGCGAGCCCCAGGAACACUGCCCUCCACCCACUGUCACAGGAGCCAGCACGACCAGAGUGAGUGUCAGUGUGCACACAGGGACCACCUUCCACGAGGCCACAUCCAGUGCAACCUCUGCGCACACAAGCAGCACAACCUCAGCUCCUACAACCAGUGCAACCUCUGUGCAGACAAGCACCACAACCUCGGCUCCUACAAGUGCAACCUCUGUGCACACAAGCACCACAACCUCGGCUCCUACAACCAGUGAAACCUCUGUGCACACAAGCACCACAACCUCGGCUCCUACAACCAGUGCAACCUCUGUGCAGACAAGUACCACUACCUCGGCUCCUACAACCAGUGCAACCUCUGUCCAGACAAGCGGCACAACCUCGGCUCCUACAACGAGCUCAACCUCUGUGCACAAAGGCAGCACAACUUCGGCUCCUACAACCAGUGGAACCUCUGUUCCUACAUCUGAGACUACCCCGUUCCCACCGGGGACCACACCAUGCAAGCCAAAGUGCAGGUGGACCAAGUGGUUCGACACGGACUUCCCCAUGCCCGGGCCCCAUGGGGGAGACAAUGAAACCUUCGGCAACAUCCUGAGGAAUGGAGACGUCAUCUGCCACCGAUCCGAAUCCAUCAGCAAAGUGGAGUGCCGAGCCGAGAGCCACCAGGGGGUCAGCAUCCACGAGCUGGGCCAGGUGGUGCAGUGCCGCCAGGACAUGGGCCUGCUGUGUCGGAACCAGGACCAGAAGGGUGAGACCAGGAUGUGCCUCAACUACGAGAUCAGAGUGCUCUGCUGCGAGCCCCAGGAACACUGCCCUCCACCCACUGUCACAGGAACCAGCACAACCAGAGUGAGUGUCAGUGUGCACACAGGGACCACCUUCCACAAGGCCACAUCCAGUGCAACCUCUGUGCACACAAGCAGCACAUCCUCAGCUCCUACAACCAGUGCAACCUCUGUGCAGCCAAAGAGCACAACCUCGGCUCCUACAACCAGUGCAACCUCUGCACACACAAGGAGCACAACCUCAGCUCCUACAAGUGCAACCUCUGCGCAGCCAAAGAGCACAACCUCGGCUCCUACAACCAGUGCAACCUCUGUGCAGACAAGCACCACAACCUCGGCUCCUACAACCAGUGCAACCUCUGUGCACACAAGCACCACAACCUCGGCUCCUACAACCAGUGAAACCUCUGUGCAGACAAGCAGCACAUCCUCAGCUCCUACAACCAGUGCAACCUCUGUGCAGCCAAAGAGCACAACCUCGGCUCCUACAACCAGUUCAACCUCUGCGCGCACAAGGAGCACAACCUCAGCUCCUACAAGUGCAACCUCUGCGCAGCCAAAGAGCACAACCUCGGCUCCUACAACCAGUGCAACCUCUGCGCGCACAAGGAGCACAACCUCAACUCCUACAAGUGCAACCUCUGCGCAGCCAAAGAGCACAACCUCGGCUCCUACAACCAGUGCAACCUCUGUGCACACAAGCACCACAACCUCGGCCCCUACAACCAGUGCAACCUCUGUGCACACAAGCACCACAGCCUCGGCUCCUACAACCAGUGCAACCUCUGUGCACACAAGCACCACAACCUCGGCUCCCACAACCAGUGCAACCUCUGUGCAGACAAGCACCACAACCUCAGCUCCUACAAGUGCAACCUCUGUGCAGCCAAAGAGCACAACCUCGGCUCCUACAACCAGUGCAACCUCUGUGCACACAAGCACCACAACCUCGGCUCCUACAAGUGCAACCUCUGCGCAGCCAAAGAGCACAACCUCGGCUCCUACAACCAGUGCAACCUCUGUGCACACAAGCACCACAACCUCGGCUCCUACAACGAGCUCAACCUCUGUGCACACAAGCACCACAACCUCGGCUCCUACAACCAGUGGAACCUCUGUUCCUACAUCUGAGACUACCCCGUCCCCACCAGGGACCACACCAACCUCGGCUCCUACAACCAGUGAAACAUCUGUGCACACAAGCACCACAACCUCGGCUCCUACAACCAGUGAAACCUCUGUGCAGACAAGCACCACAACCUCGGCUCCUACAACCAGUGAAACCUCUGUGCAGACAAGGAGCACAACCUCAGCUCCUACAACCAGUGCAACCUCUGUGCACACAAGCACCACAACCUCGGCUCCUACAACCAGUGCAACCUCUGUGCACACAAGCACCACAACCUCGGCUCCUACAACCAGUGCAACCUCUGUGCACACAAGCACCACAACCUCGGCUCCUACAACCAGUGCAACCUCUGUGCAGACAAGUACCACUACCUCGGCUCCUACAACCAGUGCAACCUCUGUCCAGACAAGCGGCACAACCUCGGCUCCUACAACGAGCUCAACCUCUGUGCACAAAGGCAGCACAACUUCGGCUCCUACAACCAGUGGAACCUCUGUUCCUACAUCUGAGACUACCCCGUUCCCACCGGGGACCACACCAUGCAAGCCAAAGUGCAGGUGGACCAAGUGGUUCGACACGGACUUCCCCAUGCCCGGGCCCCAUGGGGGAGACAAUGAAACCUUCGGCAACAUCCUGAGGAAUGGAGACGUCAUCUGCCACCGACCCGAAUCCAUCAGCAAAGUGGAGUGCCGAGCCGAGAGCCACCACGGGGUCAGCAUCCACGAGCUGGGCCAGGUGGUGCAGUGCCGCCAGGACAUGGGCCUGCUGUGUCAGAACCAGGACCAGAAGGGUGAGAUCAGGACGUGCCUCAACUACGAGAUCAGAGUGCUCUGCUGCGAGCCCCAGGAACACUGCCCUCCACCCACUGUCACAGGAACCAGCACAACCAGAGUGAGUGUCAGUGUGCACACAGGGACCACCUUCCACGAGGCCACAUCCAGUGCAACCUCUGUGCAGCCAAAGAGCACAACCUCGGCUCCUACAACCACAACCUCUGUGCAGACAAGCAGCACAUCCUCGGCUCCUACAACCAGUGCAACCUCUGUGCAGACAAGCACCACAACCUCGGCUCCUACAACCAGUGCAACCUCUUUGCAGACAAGUACCACAACCUCGGCUCCUACAACCAGUGCAACCUCUGUGCACACAAGCACCACAACCUCGGCUCCUACAACCAGUGCAACCUCUCUUCCUACAUCUUUGACUACCCCACUCUGCUACUGCAACGCGUCCGGCACGUUGUACCCCCCAGGAUCCAUCAUCUAUGAAGUGACCGACCUAUCGGGCUACUGCUAUUAUGCCUUUUGCAGCUUGGACUGCCACGUGGUCAAGCAGAUGGCCCCCUCCUGUCCCACCAGCAUGCCACCUCCCACCCCGACCACCUCCCCACCAGAGUCCUCCCCUUCUGCCUCUGUGUCGGUCCCUUCACAAGGGUGCCCAAAUGCAGUCCCCCCAAGAACGAAAGGUGAAACCUGGCCCAUGCCCAACUGCUCCGAGGCCACCUGCCAGGGCAACGGGGUCAUCACGGUGAGCCCGCGCCACUGUCCGAAGGUACAGAAGCCCACCUGUGCCAACGGCUACCCUGCCGUGCAGGUGGCUGACCAUGACAGCUGCUGCUCACACUACCACUGCCCUUGCGUGUGCAGCGGCUGGGGGGACCCACACUACAUCACAUUCGACGGCACCUACUACACGUUCCUGGACAACUGCACGUACGUGCUAGUGCAGCAGAUCGUGCCGGUGUACGGCCACUUCCGCGUGCUGGUCGAGAACUAUUUCUGCGAUGCGAAGGACGGGCUGUCCUGCCCACAGUCCAUCAUCGUUGAGUACCAGGAGAACCGCGUCGUGCUGACCCACAAGGCCGUCCGCGGGGUGAUGACUAACGAGAUCAUUUUUAAUGGCGAGGUGGUCAGGCCCGGCUUCCAGAAAGACGGCAUUGCCGUCUCCCAAGUUGGCAUCAAGAUGUACGUGAGCAUUCCUGAGCUCGGCGUCCAGGUCAUGUUCAGUGGCCUCAUCUUCUCCGUGGAAGUGCCCUUCAGCAAGUUUGCCAACAACACGGAAGGGCAGUGUGGCACCUGCACCAAUGACCAGAAGGACGAUUGCCGCCUGCCUGGGGGCGCGGUGGUGGCCUCCUGCUCCGACAUGUCCGGCCACUGGAAGGUGACAUACCCUGGCCAGCCGCCCUGCAACGGGCAUCCCCCGACGCCUACCCCAGUGGAGCCCAGGACCUCGCCCACCCCGUGCCCACCUUCACCAAUCUGCCAGCUCAUUCUGAGCAAGCCCUUCGAGCUGUGCCACGCGCUAAUCCCGCCCUGGCCAUACUACCAAGGCUGCACCUUCGACCAGUGCCACAUGCCUGGCGUGGACGUGGUGUGCUCUGCCCUGGAGCUCUACGCUGCCCGCUGUGCCUCCCUUGGUGUCUGCGUCGACUGGCGGGCCCAGACCAACUACACGUGCCCCUUCACCUGCCUUGCUGGCAUGGAGUACCGGCCCUGCGGCCCGCCCACCCCCUCCUACUGUUGCAUGGACAGCAGCACCAGCGCCCCGGCCCUCCUGGGAGCCAGUCCCAUCACGGAAGGCUGCUUCUGCCCGCAGGGCAUGAUGUUCUACAGCUCGAGCAAGGAGGUCUGCGUGCCCGCUGACUGCAACACUUGCCUGGGGCCCAGUGGGGAGCCUGUGGAGCCCGGCCACACAGUCAGCGUGGACUGCCAGGAGUGCACCUGUGAGGGCAGCACGCGGACCAUGAGCUGCCGGCCCCAGGCCUGCCCCCUGGCCCCCACCUGCCCCGAGUCCGGCCACGUGCCUAUGCCCGAGGUCCUGCAGACCGGCCAGUGCUGUCCCCAGUACCACUGCGCCUGUAACACCAGCCACUGCCCUGAGCCCGAGGCCUGCCCGAAAGGCUCACACGCCAUCCAGACCUACAGCGAGGCAGCCUGCUGCCCGACCUACAGCUGCAGCUGGAGCGUCUGCAGCAUCAACGGCACCCUUUACCAGCCCGGCGCCAUGGUCUCCUCGAGCCUGUGUGAAAAAUGUUGGUGUGAGCUGCCUGGGGGAGCCCCAUCAGACACCUUUUCGAUCAACUGUGAGACCCAGAUCUGCAGUACCUCCUGCCCCCUGGGCUUCAAGUACCAGGCUCAGGCCGGGCAGUGCUGUGGUGAGUGCGUGCAGGUGGCCUGCAUCAUGAACACCAGUGAAAGCUCUGCCCACCUCUUCUAUCCGGGCGAGUCCUGGUCAGACCCUGGAGACCACUGCGUGAUGCACGAGUGUGAGAAGCACUGGGAUGGGCUCGAGGUGGUGACCACGAAGAAGGCGUGUCCCCUGCUCAACUGUCCUGCGGACAAGGCUCUGCCCAGCGAGGACGGCUGUUGCCUCUCCUGCCCCCCACCCUACGAGAACCAGUUGACCUGCGCGAUGCACUACCAGCUCCAGGUCCUCCGGCAGCAGGGCUGCAGUUCCUCCGGGCCCGUGCGCCUCGCCUACUGCCAGGGCAACUGCGGGGACACCACCUCCGUGUUCUCCCCGGAGGCGAACGCGGUGGAGCACCGGUGCAGCUGCUGCCGCGAGCUGCGCGUCUCUCUGAGGAACGUGACCCUGCGCUGCGAGGACGGCUCGAGCCGCACCCUCACCUACACGGAGGUGGAGGAGUGCGGCUGCAAGAACCUGCAGUGCGACUCCCCCGGGGGCCUUGCCCUCUCGGCGGUGGCGCUGGAGCCAAGCCCGGAGAGCGGGCUCAGGCGCCGCGGGAGAAGGGCCCCGCGGGCCCGGCCCCUGCAGUAG